GAAAAAAUAUAAUGGAAUAACUUCCAAAAGGUAUUAUAUUCUUAUUAUUUAAGCCACUGUAUAGUAAUUCAUAAAAUCUAUAACUAAUGGGGAUAUGAAAUGCUCAAAUGAAUUUGUAACAUAAGUAAUGUCAAUGGCUAAGGAAUAUAUCCAAUAGGUUUCUGAUUAAGCUAAUACAAUUUGUUUAGAAAAUGGAAAAAAAACUAUAUCAGGAGAGUUUUUUUAUAAAGCUAUUUAAAAACUAAGCUUAGAGAGUUAAAUUCAGUUUUUAAAAGAAAUUGAAGAAGAAAUCAAAGAGGAGGUGAAUGUAAAGUUUUGAUGCUAUGUAAAGGUGAAAAAUUAAAAUAAAGCAAGAUUUCAAGACGAAGAUCAUUUAAGAUAGCUAGAGGAAUAACAAAAAGAAUUAUAUGAAAAAGCUAAAUUAGAAAAUAAUAAAGAAUUGGUUGAUGAAGAAGACGAUUGUAAGCCUAGAAAAACUUUAAAUUUACAAUUCGAUUAAGAAGAAGAAGAAGAUCCAUAAUGAAAAAUUUAUAAUAAAACAACAAAGUAUAGUUUAUCUUUC